CUCGCAAACUCGAAGUAUGGGUUACGGAUUAAAACCACUUCUUAUCUCCGCCUCUAUGGACAGCACGAUUAGACUUUGGGAUGUGGCAACGCAAAUGCAAUUGGAAGCAUUACAUUAUAAGGAAUCUCAAGUGAAUACGAUGUGUAUUACUCCGGAUGGUGCGCAAUUUUUAAUUGGUGGUUGGCAGAAUUUGCGUAUAUAUGAUCUCAACUGUCUUACAAAUUCAGGAUUGCAUAAUUCAGCGGUUCAUGAGAAGAACAUUACAUCUGUCGGAUUCCAAAGUGAUGGCGUUUGGUUGUAUACCGGUGGUGAAGAUUGCAUGGCAAAGAUUUGGGACAUGCGUAUCAAUCAACUUAAUUGUCAGCGUAUAUUUCAAAUUGUGCACAUUGACAUAGAUAGAUUAGGUCGACAAUGUGCAGCCGUCACGAAUAGAGGAAAUCUUUUCUUUUGGGAGAUUAACCAUAAAGGCGGCGGGUUGGCUAAAACAAUUCCACAUCUUGAUGCCACUGCUGAAAUUGGAUCAACGCAAAAGCUUCAAAGGCAAACGACCCCCCAAGAAUUAAAGGAAGAUGAAUCGACAACGGAAUUUUACUCAAGUUCAAUGAUUGACACAGGCCUUCCUCCUAUUGCACCGCCACCUCUAUCAGAAAUGGGUGGAGAUGGUAGCGCUUUCUAUGUGCCUGCUCCUCGACGAAAACAAAGAUAUGGCGCAAAAGAAGUACCACAAUCUGAACUAGGAGAAGAAAAUGAAGAAUUGAAGCAAAUUGAACAAGAAAUGUUGAAAAAUCCAUCUAUGACUGUUACACCCCCACAUCGUUCAUCUCUUCCAGUAGAUUUAAUAAGCAAUGCAAAAUAUCGAAUGAAGUUGCGUGCGCAUAAAUCAUUUGCAUUAAAAUGUAGGUACCGGCCAGACAGCUUGGCAAUAGCAACAUGUUCAGCUGAUCAGACAACUAAAUUGUGGAGCGUUAGCGAUCAUAAUUUGUUAAGCACAUAUGCAGCUCCAAAUAGUAAAUGGGUCUGGGAUUGCGCUUUUACUAAUGAUUCAGCUUACAUGCUGACAGCUUCAUCUGAUGGAAUCAUUCGUAUGUGGGAAUUGGCGUCAAGUUCAGUUGUUCAAAUGUAUCAGGGUCAUUCAUUGGGUAUUACUUGUAUGGCUUUUAAAGAUUUUAGUUGA